AUUCCCCGAAGAGAAUUAAACCAACCAAAAAUGAAUAUUUUUGCAACAUUUGUGUCGAUCACUCUCCUUUCAUCUUACCUAUGCACUUCGGAUUCUUCUUCGGACAUCUCCAAGGUGUUCGAAACAUGGUGCAAAGAACACGGGAAAACAUACGGCUCAGCGGAAGAGAAGUUGCAGAGGCUGCAGGUGUUUGAGGACAACUUCAAAUAUGUGAAGCAACAUAACAGUAAAGGCAACACUUCUUAUAGCCUUGGUCUGAAUGCAUUUGCUGAUCUGACCGACCACGAGUUCAAAGCGUCCUACUUGGGUGGGGCUAACAUUUCAGCUGCCUCUCUUGGUGGUGGUGAUCUAGAGUUACCAUUUCCUGAUUAUGCGAACGGAUAUUCUUUUCCUGCAUCCGUUGAUUGGAGACAGAAAGGGGCUGUGACUGGGGUCAAAAAUCAAGGGAGUUGCAAUGUUUGCUGGGCAUUCUCAGCGGGAGCAGCUAUCGAAAGCAUAAACAAGAUAGCGGGCGGAAGCCUGGUGGAGGUAUCCGAGCAGGAGCUGGUUGAUUGUGUUAAAUCGACUCCUCGUUGUGAGAACGGGUGGAUGGACCCUGCAUUCGAGUUUGUUAUAAAAAACCGCGGCAUUGACACUCUCCAAGAUUAUCCAUAUCUGGCUAAGCCAACGGCCUCUUGCAAGGUGGCCAAACGCGUCGUCACCAUCGAUGGAUACACAAAGGUCCCCAAGAAUAAUGAGCUAGCACUGCUAACAGCUGUUUCUUAUCAGCCUGUAAGUGCGACUAUAUGCGUCGAUUCUCCAGAGUUUAAGUUGUACAACAAGGGUGUUUACACUGGACCAUGUACGGCUUGCCACAGUCAUGCUGUAGCGCUCGUAGGGUAUGGAUCCGAAAACGGAAAAGAUUAUUGGAUUGCAAAGAACUCAUGGGGCAAGAAAUGGGGACGAGACGGUUAUAUGUACCUCCAACGCAACACUCGCGAUGCGAAAGGCGUCUGUGGUAUCAACAUGUUCGCUUCCUAUCCAGUCAAGAAGAAGAUUAUCUCUAAUCCUUUGGUUUCAUCUAUUUGAAUACAAAUAGCUUGGAACAUAUCUCUAUUAAAAUAAGUGAUUAUCUUUUUAUGUUAAAACAUAAUCACACUAUCUUUUUUAUUUUCAAAAACCAAGUAUUUCCUGUUUUUUGUUAUCUGUACAUAUACCUGGAGCCUUUCUUACCUAGACUCGGUCUAUGAUAAAUUCACGGAUCAAACCAAUCAAAUGCUAUCAAAAUAUGUUAGAUAUCUAACAUUUGAUUGGUUUGGUCCACGAAUUUCUCAAAAACCGUAUCUAGAUAAGAAUCUCCCCGUAUACCUGCGAUAUGCAUAUUAAUAUUAUGGUGCCCUAAAUUCUACUUUGGUCACAA